GUCAACCAAGGCCAGAUUGAAUAAUCCCAACGCUUCUCCUUCCCAAUCCCUACAAUAAGUUAGCAAAAGGUGGAAAAUGUUAAACGGAGAAACACCAUUGCCGCAGAAUGGACACCGGAGAAACUACAUGGCUGCUAUCACUGGUGAGGCAGAAGCAGAAGCAGAAGCAGAAGCACCACGGGUGGUAUUUGUUCAUGGCAGCCCACCGUUUGGGCUCCCUUUCAAGGACCGGUUACUGAGUCGGUUCCAACUCAUCCACAUGUCUGAGUUACCUGAAUCCUCCCACGUCAAGGUCAUGCUCUGCAUGGAUCACACUCCGGUCACCUCCCAGACUAUAUAUAAACUCCCUUCACUUGAGUGCAUCGUGGCAUCAAGCGCCGGCGUUGACCACAUUGACCUCACGACUUGCCGCCUCCGUGGGAUUGCGGUCGCCAACGGCAGUCAGGCUUUCUCUGAGGACGUGGCUGAUUACGCCGUCGCCCUCUUGAUGGAUGUCCUCAGAAAGAUUUCGGCCGGCGAUAGGUAUCUGCGCUCCGGUUUGUGGUCCACGAAGGGAGAUUAUCCGCUUGGUUGGAAGCUAGGGGGAAAGCGAGUUGGAAUUGUGGGACUGGGGAACAUUGGCUCUGAAGUUGCCAAAAGGCUCGUGGCCUUUGGCUGCGCCAUUGCCUACAACUCCAGGAAGAAAAGGUCAUCUGUUUCAUUCCCAUACUAUGCAGAUGUGUGCGACCUCGCGGCUAACAGCGACAUUCUCGUUAUUUGUUGUGCAUUGACAAGUGAAACCCACCACAUAAUCAACAAGGAUGUGAUGGCAGCACUGGGGAAGGAAGGAGUCAUCAUCAACGUUGGCCGUGGAUCUCUCAUUAAUCAGAAGGAACUGGUGCAGUUUCUGGUGGAAGGUCAGAUUAGAGGUGCGGGGCUUGAUGUGUUUGAGAAUGAACCCAUUGUGCCUAUAGAACUACUUGAGUUGGAUAAUGUUGUGUUGUCUCCACAUAAUGCUGUUGUGACACCAGAAGCCUUUGAAGCUCUGCAAGAGUUGGCCAUAGCCAACUUGGAGGCCUUCUUCUCAAACAAACCUCUGCUAUCACCUAUCUAGCAUGUAUGAUACUUGGUAUUCAUUGACCCAUCAGAUUAUUUUACUCAUUCUAAUCCAAGUUUUCACAUGUAGAAUUCACAAUCAAUCGCCUUGAACCUUCAGGCAUUCACAUAAUUAGGGUCUUCUUGGUUUCCAGGA